GGUGAAUCGGGGAAGUUGCCUUGUUUUUCGUGUCGGGUGCGCCGGGAAUAGUUUAUAGAAAAAAGUUAUAAAUAGAACUGUCGCGCAUAAAAAACAACACAGUGGAAAGUUUUAUCCAAGCCUUCAGUUCAGCAAGUCCAGCCCUGUCCCACAAGCCAGCAACAUGUCGAAGCUCAUCCGUUGGGGAAUCGCCUCUGCCGGCAAGAUCAGCGAGGACUUCGUUAUCGCCCUGAGCACCCUGCCCUCCACCGACCACAAGGUGCAGGCCAUAGCCGCCCGGUCCCUGGAUCGCGCUCAGGAGUUCGCCACCAAGCACUCCAUCCCCAAGGCCCUCGGCAGUUACGAGGAGCUGGCCAAGAGCGGCGAUGUCGAUGUGGUCUACAUUGGCACCCUGAACCCCCAGCACUACGAGGUGGCCGUGCUGAUGCUGAACAAUGGCAAGCACGUUCUCUGCGAGAAGCCCCUGGCCAUGAACAAGAAGCAGGUGGAGGGCAUCCUGGCCGCUGCCAAGGCCAACAAGCGCUUCUUCAUGGAGGCCGUGUGGUCGCGCUUCUUCCCCUCCUACCAGCGCGUCAAGGAGCUCAUCUCCAGCGGACAGCUCGGCCAGGUUAAGGACGUGGAGGUCAACUUCGGCUUCCCAUUGGCCCAUGUGGAUCGCCUGCAGAAACGCGAACUGGGAGGUGGCGUGGUCUACGACCUGGGCAUCUACACCAUCCAGGUGUCGCAGUGGGCCUUCCAGGAGAAGCCCGAGAAGAUCGAGUCCAAGGGAUCCGUCAACGCCGAGGGCAUCGACGACGAUGUGAGCGCCACGCUGACCUACAGCGGCGGACGCACUGCUCGCAUGCGCUUCUCCUCCAAGGAGAAGCUGGCCAACACCGCCGUGAUCAAGGGCACCAAAGGACAAGUUACCCUGAUUGACUUCUGGACGCCCAACAAGCUGAUCGACAUCGAUGGCCAGGAGAAGGAGUGGCUGCCGCCCAAGGGCAAGUACGAGACCAACUACGCCAACUCCGAGGCCAUGCGCUACGAGGCGGAGGCAGUGCGUCAGUCCAUCCUCGCCGGCGACGUGGAGAACAAGAACGUGACCUACGCCGACAGUUUGCUCUUCGCCGAGAUCGAGGACACCAUCCGCAAGCAGAUCGGUGUGCUCAACAAGUUCGAUGAGGAGUAAAAGAUGCUUUAGAUCAUAACAUAAAGUAAUAAAUAGACAUUUUUAAAAAAGUA